CCACCAAAAUUGAAUGUAUUCGAAAAGAAGAAGGAUACGUCAUUUGGAGAGACCCUAUAACGGUUCUUUUGAAAUUUGUAUUCAUCCAGCUAGCCGAAUACGAAUGCAAGCUCUGUAUGGAGAAAACCGCUUAAAAGCAGUCAUAUCGCCUUUAAGGUGUGAUCCUCUCAGCAUUACCUGUGCAAUGCCUUAACCAAUUUCAUUGCGAUAAUUCGUGGGAAAAUGCUCACGAGUACCAAGCCGCAAAAUUUUUCAUUUCUACGUUGUCAAAUCCAUCGAUCUAAUUUGAAACAGAAUGAGCUUAGACGAACCCAAUAUCUUAAUUAAUUUUUGGGUAUGUGAUUCCCUCGCGCUGAAUUUGGACUUUGGAAUCGUCAUUAUACAACGGGACGACUAAAGACGGUGGUAUAUUGGUUUGUGUUGUCAUUAUCAGAAACCAACGCUGCCCCCCAUUAGGCCCCCGUAGUUUGAUAAAAUAAACAACAUUACGGCACACGGAAAACUUCAAGACGUUUCACCAGGGACGCAUUAUGAUUUAACAAAGAAAGAAAACUUCCAUAAGUAAUUGUGAAGUAUCUCCGUGGCCUUUCUGGAGCUGACACAAUUCAAGAACUUCAAAAAUGAAACUUCUGCGAGUGAUCGUCUUUUUAGUGCUGUUAGUCGGUGUACUGGCCUCUGUUUCAAAUAUCAAUUUGAGCCCGACUGGAAUUUAUCCCGAAAUUUCUACCAAAGGUGGUCUCGGCGUAUCAAUAGCGGUAUUGAUCUACAUGCUCUUCUCAGAGCUAGGCUAUCUUCCGUUCAGAUUUAAGGGAAGGAAAAGAAGAUCUGCUGUUGGUCAACUUUCGAAUCGAAUUAGGCUUGGAGACAGAGAUGCUAUCUUGAAGUUAAUCCUGUCGAUGGAUCGAAGUAACUGCUUGCUUCGCUUCCUAUGCGAACUCGAAGGCACAAGAAGUGAGGCAACGAAGAACAACACGUCCUUGGAUCCGGCCUUGGAGGAAGAUUUAAUUCUUUUAAAAGUAGCCAAACGUAAUAUGCAUCCGGCUGAAUUGAUGAGAAAAGAUCCCGGAUCUCCAGCUCUUCCUUUUGAACUGGCCGUUUUCACCGGUUCCCAGGGCCUGGCAACAUGUGCCAAUGUAUUUCAGGCUUGCCCUUACAAUAUUACAACCAUGCAAGGAUUUUUGGGCGAGGAUUUCACAAACGAUAUGUAAUUUUCAUCAGUGUUAUCCAUGUCAAGCACUGGCCUAUCACCCCAACUUAUUUAUUAAAUUAUUAUGAGAUACCUAAAAUCUCAAAUUUCUUAAUUAAAUUCGAAAUUUAAAACCCAUUAUUACCGAUCCUAUAAAUACACCAGAAACAUAAUA